ACCGAUCGCAGUGCAAAGACACAUCGACCGUACCUGAAGCAGUUGGUCGCUCUACGACUUGAGGACAUGAAGGCCAGCUCCGGAGCUCUGCUCGCCGCCGUGGCGUUCGCGGCGGUGGCCGCGACGGCGGUGGCGACGACCUACACGGUCGGGGGCACCGACAAGUGGGACACCUACAUCGACUACGACAAGUGGACGGCCGGCAAGACCUUCAUGGUCGGCGACACCAUAGAGUUCAAGUACAUGCCGUACCACAACGUGCUGGAGGUGACGGAGGAGGACUACGCCGCCUGCAACCCGGGCAGCCCCAUCUCCACCCACUCCGGCGGCGACACCACCUUCAACCUCACCGCCGCGGGCACCCGCUACUUCAUCUGCGGCAUCCCGCGCCACUGUCUCAACGGCACCAUGCACGUCAAGAUCACCACCGUCCCCUACGGCGCCGCCGCCGCGCCCGGCGGCCCCGCGCAGGCUCCGCUCGGCUCGACCCCGGCCGACGCCUUCGCGCCGGGGCCGGCGGGGUACAGGGUGGCCAUGGACGCCGCCGGGAAGUCGCCGGUGGCCGCGCCGAGCGACGCGCCGCGGUAUCGGCAGCCCGCAGCGGCGGUGGCCGGCCUGGCGUUGGCUGCUCUGGUGGCCCUGGUCGCUUAAGCUGGCGACGUGCGUGUUUGCGCGCACGUUGUAGUUUUGAGUUACUGCGUAUCCCAAUUCCCAAGUCUUGUGGAGCUGUAUUUAACUAUUCAUUUCUGCUUCUUCUUUUUUAACUGCUGUCGUCUAUUUAUAUUCGAUAAAUGGGUGUAAAUUGUGACAUUUACUUCUUGGUAAUUAAUUCCAUUUUGAGGAGCCGGCAUUGGUUCUUUCUUCA